UGACAUCAUCAAAGGUCCUUUAGCCCACAGAAUGUAGUAUCUAUCAUGGCUCAGGCAGGACAACGGAACCUCGCGCACCCAGAGGAUCAUCGUCCGCGACCCCGAAAUGCAACCCGUGAGGAAGCCCUGCAGCUGGAGGGUUAUAGGCAUGCCUGCCACGUUAUGUUCUACGCCUCCACUACUGCCAAGCUUUUCGACCGUGUCCCCAUCAGAUAUGUUGUCCUGAUGAUGAUGCGUUUUGAUGGACGUCUUGGUUUCCCUGGUGGUUUCGUGGAUGCUCGAGACUCUACCUUGGAAGAAGGCCUGAACCGUGAGCUGCUGGAGGAACUGGGCCCUGCUUUCAACACUUUGAAAGUGACAGAGAAAGAUUAUAGAAGUUCUCAGGUCCGCGAGCUCACACAGAAAGGGGUCACACACUUCUACACGAAGGAACUGACUCUGGAGGAGCUAGAGGCCAUCGAGAGAGAAGGAGUGUGUGCAAAAGAUCAUGGGCUUGAGGUGAUGGGCUUAGUUCGUGUUCCCCUGUACACUUUACGGGAUGGAUUUGGAGGUCUUCCAGCCUUUCUGUCCAACAACUUUAUUGGAAACUCAAAGAGCCAGCUUCUCUAUGGCCUGCGCACCUUGCGGCUGCUCCGAGAGGACCAGAUUCAGGAUGCCAUGUGGGCCAGUCAGAAUACUUAAUUUCCUACUGAAUAUCUUCAGCAUAUGGCCUCUGUACAUCAUCAGGCAGAUUAUGAGUUGCCCAAUCAUUCUUAAAAAUGAUGGUUUAUUUCAGUAGUGAUUGUACUUCUAGCAUCUAAGGGGUUAAAAUCAGUCACCCCCCUCCCUUUUUUUUUUUUUUCUUAUCAUCCAGAGGUGUGCCAUUCUUGUCCAUGUUCUGCACCUGGUAUUGCAGCUCUGGUCCACUGUAACCUAACAUAAAUUCAAAAGAUUUGAGAAUGAAUAAGCUUACGCAGGCUAAGUGAAUAAAUAUAUUUGUUACAC